UUAAACACUUCCCUCUCUCUCUCUCUCUCUCUCUCUCUCUGCACAAAAAUGGUUGCAUCGGACGUGAAGAGCCUCGUGCACAAUGUGAAGUUGUCGUCGGUGGUGCCGGGUAAGGUGACACCCAACAACACAGUGCACGAGCUGACUAGCAUGGACCUGGCGAUGAAGCUCCACUACCUCAGGGGGCUCUACUUCUUCAGGAGCGACGCCGCCCAGGGGCUCACCAACUUCGACCUCAAGAAGCCCAUGGCCUACUGGCUGGAGCUCUACCCCACGGCAUCUGGCAGGAUCAGGUGGUCCGAGACUGAGAGGCCUGUCAUCAAGUGCAACGACAGCGGGAUCCGCAUCGUUGAGGCUCAGUGCGACAGGUCACUCGACGAGUGGUUGGCGGCUACCAAGGAGGAUGGUGGCUGGGAGCUCCAGGACUUGCUGGUCCAUUCUGAGGUUCUUGGCCCUGCACUUGGCUUCUCUCCCAUGAUUUAUGUUCAGUUCACUUGGUUCGCAUGCGGAGGAAUCUGUGUGGGUCUGAGCUGGGCUCAUGUCCUCGGAGAUGCAUUCGCAGCUUCGUCCUUCAUCAACGUGUGGGGCCAGAUGAUGGCGGGUCACGCGCCACCCAAGCCCCUCCACACACUGGUUCCGGAAAGGCCCGCCUACCCCGCUGAGUCAGGGCUCGGCACGGCGCCAUCCACCAUUAAAAGGGUCAACCCAGUUGGGGACUGUUGGUUAGUCGUCAAUAACUGUAAGUUGGCGACCUAUUCAAUUCACAUCACCAUGCAACAACUUGAUCACAUCAUGGGCAAAUACGGAUUGUUUGGUGAAUCUAAAACAUCACAUUUCGAACUGCUGUCCGCUUUGAUCUGGAAAUCCUUGUCGAAGAUAAGGGGAGACAACGGGCCGAAAGUUGUAACUGUGUGUGAGAAGAAUGUCCGUAGAGAACUAAAUCCGUUACCCUCAAAUGGCAUGGGUUUGAGCAGGGCUGAAGUGAAUUUCUUGGCAGCGGAAGCAGAAGUAUCCGAUCUUGCGAGACUGAUUGCCGAGGCCGUGAAUGAGAAUGGCUCGAUUGAAGAAAUGGUGGAGAAAGAUGACGGGAAGCUGGACUACAUUGCAUAUGGGGCAAAUUUGACAUUUGUGAAUUUAGAGGGUGCAGAUGUAUAUGGGCUAGAGUUGAAGGGCCGGAAGCCAAUUUUUGCAAAUUACACAAUAAGUGGGGUUGGAGAUGAAGGGGUGGUGUUGGUCCUUCCAGGACCAGGAAAUGGGAACGAGAAGGGUGGUGGGUUUGGAAGGACAGUGACAAUGGUCCUACCCCAUGCUCAAAUGGCACAGAUCAGGAAGGAGAUUAAUGAAACGUGGGGACUUUUGCCCUGCCCUACUGACAAGGCGACGGCUUCUGACAUAGAGACUUCCUCUGCUAGUAAGGACAAAUGAAGAAAUUCAUCAUAGCGCAUAAAAAUAUAUGUGGAUUUGUGUUUCCCAAAUAAAAUUAUGUUAAAAAGUCAAUAUUUAUUCUCGAUGUCCUUUAGAAAGCGAUCUUAAGGAACAUAUUCAUGUACUAGACUGUCUUAUAGUGGUAAUACAUCAUAUCGUGUGUGGCUCUAAUAUAAUUUUUGAGUCUAUCACUUGAUUAGCUAGCUUUCAA